AAAAAUGAAACAACCAUUUGUUCGUGAGGACGUUUUCAUUACGUUUUUCCGGGGAAAUGAUAUUCUCAUCGAAGAUAAUAGCUUCCUUCGUGGUUCUUCUAUCGUGUGGAUUUGUGGUCGAAAAAUCAGAAGCUGUUAACGUCUAUUGUUACUAUGCUUCUUGGGCUGCAGAAAGACCCGAUCAUGCGAGGGUCAUAGGAGAUGAUCUAGAUCCGAACCUAUGCACACAUAUUUUCUACUCCUUCUUGAGUCUCAAGCAAGAAGACGAUGGUAAAUUAUCUUACCUUGAUGAGGAUUUGGAUGUUAAAUCAGGUAAUAUUCAGAAAGUUUCUGACUUGAAGAAAAUCAAUCCGAACCUCAAACUCCUCUUCAGUGUCGGAGGAGCUUCAGCAGCCCCCUAUGUCUUUGCCGCUGUUGCUGCAGACGAGAAAAAACUCGCUAAUUUUGUGGAGAGUUGCGAAGAAUUUUUGGAUAAAUACAACUUUGAUGGUAUCGAUAUCGAUUGGGAAUAUCCAUAUGAUAAGCCUCUUCUACUGAAAAUGGCUCAAGCUCUGAAGGAUGUUUUUGAACCCAAAGGAAGACUAGUGACAACAGCAGUAGCUUAUAAUCCUGAGGAUGCUGGGUACGAUGUGAAAGGAAUGAACGAAGUAUUCGAUCUCAUCAACGUGAUGAGCUACGACUUUCAUGGCGGAUAUGCAGGGAAGCUAGGUCAGAACGCGCCACUAUACGGUUCAUCUUCAGAAAGUUCAUGGCAGCAAAGCGUUUUGAAUUGCAAUGCAAGUUUAUGGAAUUGGAGGAAUAAAGGCGCAACGCCAGACAAGUUAUCUCUAGGAGCAGGAUUCUAUGGUCACACAUUUAAGAUGGCUGACGUUUCUCAUAGUUUACCUGGGGAUGCAGCAAGUGGGCCCUGGAAAAAAGGACCGUACACUGAUAACGUUGGUACCCUUGGGUACUUGGAGUUAUGCGAACUCCAUAAAUCAGGAAUCAUAAAAUGGGAUGACGAACAGAAAGUCCCUUACAUGAUAGAUGGUGAAAUGUGGGCUGGCUUCGAUAAUGAGAGGUCUCUUCGUGAAAAGAUUAAGUACAUCAAACAAGAAGGAAUUUCUGGUAUCAUGAUAUGGUCCAUUGAAACUGAUGAUACAAACGGUAUUUGUGGGGGUGGAAAAUGGCCUCUUUUGAAAGCAGUCAACGAUGAAAUAAAUAAGAAUAAAUCUCCUUAUAGAAGUAUGUCUCAAAUAUUAGUCCUUCUUAUAUUCUCUCUGGCUAAAUGGUUGUACGCUAAUAUGUAAGCCGAUCCGGCACAUCCCGUAAAUGAAGAAGCACUGACCGCCAACUGCUGAUCAGCCAUAAUUAAUCUAUUUAAGGAUGUAAGGUGUUAGAAUAAGACAGAGUUAGUAGAUAAGAUUCAUUGUAAAGACUUUGAAUAAACCGCUUGUAAAAGUU